AUGCCGACCGCAGGCCACGGAUUGGUUGGGUGGGAAACGAAAGCCCGUGAACACCUGGGCAACAAAGAGAACCGAAUGCGACCUACAUACCGUACUAAUCGUGACCGCCAAUUGACACACGGCAGUCUCCAUGCUGGCACAUGGAGCAAGGCGCAUUUUCGGUGUCGAUCACCCUCACUCGUUGUUCGUCUCCUUCGUUCCCUUGGGCUACCACUAAAUUUAAGACCCUGGUGGACGAGGCUGGAAAGUCAAGAGGGACGACUAUUGGAUCUAGGUAGUCUACGCUCGAAUAGCCUGCCGCGUGCGCCAGCGGGAGCAGUAGCGGAACAGGCGUAUCACGCACGAUGCCUGAUCGUCCGGGUCGAUGUGCGACUAUCGACGGGGCUGCAAGGGAAUUGGCUCCCUAGCAGGCCGGUCUACUCAGCUGCAAGACUGGUCGUCAUGGCCCACAUUGCCCGCCUCGAAGCGAGCUGCAUAUCCCAUCUGUCGACCCAGGCAUACCGUGGGCAGCCGCAGUUUGGGGACGCGGAGUGGGGACGGGGACCGGAGCAGCAUUCAUCAUGUGUGAUCGACCUGGACCACUCUGCGAUUGGGCAAGAGUCUCAGGCGUGGUCGUCUUGGUAA